AGCGCGCGCCACACUGUGCCCAGGGCGAGGGCAGAACGCAGCGCGCGCAGCAGCGAGGACACGCGCACAAGUUCGCACGAGGUGUCUAAAGUGCGCGUAUCGUAACUGUGUGCGUUUUAGCACAUCACACGCUUGUGUAAGGUGACCAGAUCAGGCGCGCAAGUGAAGAAGCGGGUUGGAGCAAGGUUGGCUCACAUUACAACUUUCACAUUUCUGGGGAAGGCUGUGAGGACUUUCAGGGAGCAAGAAGACAGCGCGAGAAAGCGCACAGCAAAUUAAGACUAGGAGCGCAGCGGAUAAGGCUUCACUUCCCGAUUUGAUCUUUUUAUUUUUUUAUUUUUGUAAUUCGUUUCUUUUUCAUAAUGAAUGCUCGAGAGGAGAAUCUGCUGAAAUCGAUCAGCAGCGACACGCUGCUGGACCUGACGCAGCGUUACGGCCAAGCGGCGCUGGGCUUCGGCGCGGGUCACGGCGCAUCGAGUCCUGCCCGCUACCCGCUCGCGUCCUCCGCUGCUGCAGACUUCCUCACGGCGCAGACGGCCAAAUCCGGCGAGAGCGGCGGCGAGCACACGAGCGACGACGACGACGGCUUCGAUGUGGACGCUCGGAAACAGAGCCCGGCCUUUGGAGAGGACCCCAAGCACCCGGCCGCCAAGAAGCCCAAGGAGCAGCGCUCUCUGCGCCUGAGCAUCAACGCGCGCGAGCGCCGGCGCAUGCACGACCUGAACGAUGCGCUCGAUGGCCUGCGCGCCGUCAUCCCGUAUGCACACAGCCCGUCCGUGCGCAAACUGUCCAAAAUCGCCACGCUGCUCCUCGCCAAGAACUACAUCCUCAUGCAGGCGCAGGCUCUGGAGGAGAUGCGCCGGCUCGUGGCGUACCUUAACCAGGGCCAAACGCUCACGUCGGCUGUACCGAGCGCACUGGCCCCGUUCGGACAGAGCACCGCCACCGUGUACCCGUUCUCAGGCACGGCGCUAGCCGCCUGCGUGGAGAAGUGCUCGUACUCGGCGGCGCCUUCGAGUCUCUUCAAGCACUGCAGCGAUAAGCCUUGAUUUACACACUCAUACACACACACGCACACACACACUCACUCCUGCGCGCUUACUCGAACUUUACCCGCAGCUGGUCUCAAUAUACACAAUUGAAAUGUUUUGUUGUUGGGAAGAGAACUUUAGUCUAAUACAUAAUUCUUCGACAUGUUUAAAUAACUACUAUAAUAUUUCAUCCAGGUAAUGUAAAAUAUGUGUAUGAAGGGUCACAGUAUAUUUUGGAACAGGCUUUUUAAAUUCCUCCCAUUCAGCUGCUUUUCUCCUCUGUCCUCUUAAUUAAGCGAAAAUGUUUGAACACUAUGUAAUGCAUUGCAUUGGAGUGCAUGUUCAGUGAUCCUGUGGACAACUAGGUCAUUCUUCAAUCAUUGCCAUUGCAAACCUCACAAGUUUCCCCUAGUCAUUUAGUUUAUUAUUGGUAAACUAUGCAACGUGCCACAACGAGAAAGCAAAUAGCCCGAUGUAUCCUGUCUGUUCAGUCAGACAGUCAGACAUCAUGGGCCAAGCAUAGCCUAAAGUGUCUCACCCUCUCUUCUGUCAGUGCUUUGUGGAGAAAACGCUGUGUACCGCAUUUUCAAUCUGUUGGCCUAUGAUGGUGAUUUUGGAUAUGUUCAUGAACAUAUUCACUUGAUUGUAUUGUACGACUGUGAAGAUCUCCUUGAUGAUGCCUGAACUGGCAAAGCGUUUGGUCUUGUUGCUACAUGAGUUUCAUAUAUUGUUUAUACGUCUUUAUAAUUAAAACAUCUAUGAGAAGUGA